GGCGGUUCUCGGCCACCGUAACAGUUAUUGUCAGCCUGCUUGUCUGAACUUCAAUUUCUCUUCUUCUUUUUCUGUUUAGAAACGUCUGAGCUUUGGGAUUUUUUCCUCCUCGGAUCAGGCCCACAAACCGAGCGAGGUGUAACAUAUGGUUCAAGGUUUGGGCUAAUUACUGCCAACAUGGAACAAAUUAUGUUUAGCCUCGGUUGCCGGGGCGACUGAAGAAAGGUGCGCUGCACGAGCGGGGUAGACCCCGGGAAAGUGACGUCAGCAGACGGUGCUCCUCGCACGAGCUCUCAACCAAUAUCCAAUUCAGUCCAGUAACAAACAGCCCGGGCAGUGGCCGUCUAUGUGUUUACAGACUCCGCUGAAAGUACCGGGGAUGGUGUCAUUUGAGGACGGUGAGUGUGGCUCUGAGGCUGUUGACAAACGGAGGAGGACGACCACAACAGACGCGGUCACACCGGUCCAGCGGCGUCACACUGUCCGGCACAGGAAGCAGAAACUUCAGUCAAAGAUGUGUGACUCCGGUUUCGAAGAAGACUUGGGAGCCUCGCCCAUCUCAACCCCGGUUAGGAUGGUUGUGUCCCCUCUCCGUCCAGACGACCCACCUGCUGGAGAGCUGUCCACCUGGUACCUGCAGUACGGAGACAUCGGUUACAAGAUCCAGAGGGAGAGAGAGGAGCUGUUUCAUCCAUGCAAGAGUCUGGCACGCCAGCCACAGGUAGGACUCUGAAUCAAACAGAGACAGUCACACACAAAGGUUUCCAGUUUAAACAGAACUACAGCGUGAACUCAUGUAGUCUUUGAAAACAUUUAUUUCUGGUUUUGACUUUUUGUUGUUGUUGUUGUUGUCUUUUUUUUGCAUAGUAUCAACCAAAAUAUGUACAAGCAUUUUGUCAAUGUGGGAUACAACUGUAAAUAGCACGUCUUUCCAGUGUGCCCAUUUUUUUCAUAUUUCAGAUCACUACAUCAAGGCAAUCACAGUUUUGUGCCUCUAACCUUCACAGACUCCAUGAAUUGAUGCCCAUCUCCUAAAUAUUUGGUCACAUGAUCAAUUUCUUUUUACCAUUUCUAAGCAACAGAGGGUGGCUCAACUUACCCUUUAGCUCAGCGUACCCCACUCUCCCCUAUAUCUUCUUUAAGGCAGAGCUAAAAUCCUUUAGUCUAUGAUCUGAGAUCUGACCACUGAUGAAGAUUGGUUUUAUUUUCAGUUGACUGCAGAGGCUCGGUGUAAACUGGUCAGCUGGCUCAUCCCUGUACACAAACAUUUCCGUCUGUCCUUUGAGUGCUGCUGCCUCGCGGUGAACAUCAUGGACCGGUUCUUGGCAUCCACACCAGUGGCUGCUGAUUGCUUCCAGCUCCUGGGGGUCACUGCCCUCCUCCUGGCCAGUAAACAGGUGAGCAAAUGAAUAAGGAGUAUAAAAUUUGUAUCUUUGCAUUACACUAUAUUAAUCACCAACUCUCUCCUCAGGUGGAGGUGGGCUCACCGGGUAUCAGCCAUCUGUUGUCGUUCUGCUGUGACGCCUUCACUAAAGAGCAGCUCUGUAACCUGGAAUGUCUCAUCCUGCUGCGCCUCAACUUCUGCCUCUCUGCGCCCACCCUGGCCUUCUUCUUGGACUAUUACACCAACUGUGUUGAGGUUGCUCAGCUUGCAUGUGCAGACGCCGACAAGUUUGCAACAGUGACUCCUGACACAAAAAGACCCAGACUCUGCAGCAGCCUGGCACAGGAAGUGUGUGAGUUGAGUCUGGCAGACUAUGCUUUCAACAAAUACCCUCCAUCUCUGACCGCUGGGUGUGCGCUGAAGCUGGCUGGUGAGCUGCUGAAAAGUGAACCAAGGAUGAUGAAGUGUGCAAAGACUCAGACACAGGAGGACAUAUGGGAAAGGUUCGUGGGUGAAUUAUGUUCCCAACAAGUGACAUCAAACCAAGGUCUGGCCCAGGAAUGCAAAGAAAACUUGAAGCUGCUGGUGUCAUUGAACAGGGAGGCGCUUGGAUGUGAUGUAGCUAGAAAUUAAGAGAUGUAAGAAAAUGCUAAAUUAAAAAAAAAACAUCCCCUGGCUCUUAUGCAUAUUCAACCUCAUACCUCAAAGACAAUCAGCUGAUUGCAACAACUGAAUGUUUUACAACUUGGCAUACUGGUUUCAUAUUUAUUGUUAGGAGAUUAUUGUUUACCACAAAAGUAUAUUAAUAUAUUCUUUUUAAUUUAAGUCAAUCAGUCUUUUUUUGCUGUUUAUGCACUGAAUUACUGCAGCUGUCUGUUACUGUUGCAACGUUUUGUAAAGUAAUGAAGCAUGCUGUGUUGAGUUGAUUUGUUAUGAUGAAAUAAACUAUCAAUCAAGUA